UAAAGCCGUAUCAGAUUAUGGAUUGGGGGAUUGAGACUGAACUUGGCCAAUCAAUACAAAGUUAAUGAAUUCAAGCUUAGUGAAAUUUAAUGAACUUUGCAUUGAUUGGUUAGCUAAAUUCAAGCUUAGUGAAAUUUAAUGAACUUUGCAUUGAUUGGUCAAAUUUCAAUCUCUAAUCCGUAUAAGGCCUGUUCUACAAUACGCCGGAGUAGGAACGCAGCCAAUAAGAUAAUUUAUUUUUUCGAAAAUCGACGCUAAAUGAGAGGAUCCACGGCCAUUGACAAAUCACUUCGAUGUGGGGAAAAUAUUCCGUUUGUCAAUAGAUUGACAGAAAAUUUGAUCAAAUUUUAAUAUUACUGCAUAGUGUUGACAUUGGUGUUACAACAGUGUUAUUUGCGACAACGGAUAUGGCAUCAUUGUCGAUUAUUCUGCGUCGGAUAAACGCUAUGAUAAGGAGAUUCAAAUUUGAAGAAUUGGAACGCGACGUGAUGCCCAUCUUCCCAGAGAUAGCAUGGAGUCGUGUCAAAUCAAAAUUAGUCAAGAAUCACAAAAAUUUCACAAUUACCAACGCCGUGCGUAUUAUAGGCGAAGCUAUCAAUAAUACAGAUUUUACAGAGAAAGAUUUGUGUGACAGGUUGGCUACACUAGAAAUAACAGAUAUAAGCAAACAUAGUAAGAGAAGAAUAUGGUAUAGUUACGAAUUGACAAAUCUGGAUAAAGAAGUGAAUUAUAUUGGGAAACGAGAAUUUGAAAAAAGCCUCACAGAUGAGUUUUACAACAAUGGUAUUGAAGUAAAUGUAAAAAUUUUAAAAUAUAACGACAUCACAUUUGUAUGUAUCAAAGAAAAGAAGAAAAAAAGGAGACAGGCUACAUUGGUCACGCCAUUCUUUUUUGCUUUAUUCACGGGACACAAAUAUUUCUUCUGUUCAAAGAAAAAGAUUUCAAGCGAUUUUAUAAUAGCGAUAGCUAAUACCUUGGGCUACAAGAAAAGCAAGAGGAUCAAGCUUGCGGGUCGAGAUGUCAGAUCAUUGAUGAGAAUGUUAAGAAUGAAGCAACAGGGUGUAUUACAUGCCGCAAACUUAAACAUACUAUCGAUGCACGAAGCGUCUGACCCUAUUAUCAAAGAUGCCGGAAUAGAUUAUACACAAACGAAACAACGGGCAAAUUAUGCGAAACAGUGCUUUAGUGAGGAUCCUCCAAUUUUGGAGUCACUGGUUAUACACGGGCCGCAGGAAUCCAUACAGCACAGCGACUUGGCCUCGAUAUUACCUUCCGACAUUAUACGAAUGAACUGGGAAUUUUCUAGCCACAAUGUAGCCAGAUUCUUGACCAGUUUGAUAGAGAAACGUGUAUUCCUAUUGCCAUUACCCCAGUAUGUAGCUAAUUUCAUGACGCUGGGGAAGAAUGAACUGAUACUCCGAAGUGCUUGACACGCUUGGCGACGAGUGUUGAUAUAUUUGUGAAAAGAAAAAUAAUCGUUCGUCAGCAUAUAUGAUGUUUGCUGUUUACACGGGAAAUAAUUUACAGUAACAGUUGCGAUAUAUGAAUGAGAGGCCUUUUAAGACCUAAUGUAAAAAGAAAAAGUUGUGAUGAUUGCGGCCGAAUGACCGUAAGAUAUUAAUUUCAUAAAUGGGACGCGUGUGUUAUCAGAAAAUCGCUAAAUUUUAUUCUAAUUACUAAUUUCAUACAGAAGAGGUGUUAAGAUUACACACAAGCUGUAUCUUGAGCGGAAUGUGAUAAAUUGAAACCUAUGUAAGCUAUAUGAUG